GCUGCUGACAGCCUUAUAAAUAGUCGCCUUUGCAGGCGGCCGGCGAGGACGGGCAGGGCACCACUGGCCCCGGCGCCCGCCGCACCCCUCCCCCAGAGCGCUGACUCGGCUCCCCGGACCUCAGCAGGAUGGAAGAGAAGCUGAAGAAAACCAAGAUCAUCUUUGUGGUGGGAGGGCCCGGCUCGGGGAAGGGCACCCAGUGUGAGAAGAUUGUCCAGAAGUACGGCUACACCCACCUCUCCACCGGGGACCUCCUGCGGGCCGAGGUCAGCUCUGGCUCGGCCAGGGGCAAGAAGCUGUCGGAAAUCAUGGAGAAGGGGCAGCUGGUGCCACUGGAGACAGUGUUGGACAUGCUCCGAGAUGCCAUGGUGGCCAAGGUAGAUACUUCCAAAGGCUUCCUGAUCGAUGGCUACCCUCGGGAGGUACAGCAGGGAGAGGAGUUUGAGCGGAAGAUCGGACAGCCCACGCUGCUGCUGUAUGUGGACGCAGGCCCUGAGACCAUGACCCAGCGGCUCCUGAAGCGCGGAGAGACCAGCGGGCGGGUGGAUGACAAUGAGGAGACCAUCAAGAAGCGACUAGAGACCUACUACAAGGCCACGGAACCUGUCAUCGCCUUUUAUGAGAAACGUGGCAUCGUACGCAAGGUCAAUGCCGAAGGCUCCGUGGACAAUGUCUUCUCCCAAGUCUGCACCCACCUGGAUGCCCUCAAGUAGCAGCACUGGAGCCUCUUCCCCUGCUGCCCGCCCCUCCCCCCCCCCACCCCGUGCUGACCUGAGGCUGUCCUGGCCUGAGCUCAAUGCCUCCACCCUGCCAGGCUGGAGCACAGACAGAGGAAGCCACUUUAUCCUGUUUUCAUGGACAGCCAAGCACUAAAGGAAUUUCCAAGGACA